AUGUCUGUCACUGGUUCUGACAACGGCAACCCGACAACGACUCCGACACCGACUCCGACAUCUCCAUACGAUCUGACUGCUGCUGACAAUCCUGGUGCUGUGAUUUCACAUCCUCUCCUCAAAGGAUCCAACUACGAUGAGUGGGCGUGUGGAAUCAAAACGGCACUCAGCUCUCGAAAAAAAUAUGGUUUUCUCGAUGGAUCUAUUCCACGUCCAGCUGAAGGCUCUGCAGAUCUGGAAGACUGGUGGACGAUUCAAGCUUUGCUUGUCUCAUGGAUCAAAAUGACUAUCGAUCCUUCCAUUCGAUCGAACAUCUCUCAUCGUGAUGUGGCGAAAGAUUUGUGGGAUCAUCUGAAGAAGAGGUUUUCUGUGACUAACGGACCUCGGAUCCAACAGCUUAAGGCUGAGUUGGCAUGCUGCAAACAACGCGGUCUCGCCAUUGAAGCUUACUACGGCAAGCUCAACCGUAUUUGGGACAACAUGGCUCAAUACAGACCAUUGAGGUCUUGCAAAUGUGGCAAGUGUGAAUGCCAACUUGGAUCCCUUCAAGAACAAGAUCGUGAAGAAGAGAAGGUUCACGAGUUCUUGUCUGGUCUUGACGACAGUUACCGCACGGUUCGCUCUACGUUGGUUUCACGCUCGCCAAUUCAACCAUUGGAGGAGGUGUACAACGUACUCCGUCAAGAGGAAGAUUUGAAGAUUGGCUCUCGGGGUGUAGACGAAACAUCUGAUGUGAGUGCCUAUGCUGUUCAAGCCAGAUCUCGUGUUCCUCCAUCUCGUAGUGAUGAACAUGCUAGACCUGUCUUGUGCAAACAUUGUAAUCGUUCCGGUCAUCCAUCGGAUAGUUGUUUUGCUGUUGUUGGUUAUCCUGAGUGGUGGGGAGAGCGUCCAAGGACCAGAACGAUGCAAGGCCGUGGUCGUGGUGGAGCUGUUUCCUCUGCAAAUGCUGGUCGAGGCAGAAGUGUGAACUAUGCCAAUGCAGUUCAGGUUCCCCAGCUCCCGCCUACCGAACAAGCGAACUAUGUUCUAACCGACCGUGAUCGUGAUGGAGUUCAAGGACUUAAUGAUGCUCAAUGGCGUGCACUCAUGAAUCUCCUGAACACCGAAAAAUCCAACGCCACCGAAAAACUCUCGGGUAAGAUUCCUUCUCCUUCUUGGAUAAUGGAUACUGGUGCCUCACAUCAUUUGACUGGAAAUCGUCACAUCUUGAGUGAUUUAAGGGAUAUGGAUCCUGUGUUGAUAAUAUUGGCUGAUGGUAGAGAACGGAUCUCUGUAACAGAGGGUACUGCAAUUUUGGGUUCUCAUCUGGUUUUGAAGUCUGUUUUUCUGGUUGAAGAAUUGACAACUGAUUUGAUAGCGGUUGGUCAGUUGAUGGACGAAAAUAACUGUGUUGUUCAAUUGGCUGAUCAGUUUCUUGUGGUUCAGGACCGUGUUUCGAGGACGGUGAUUGGAGCGGGUAAAAGAGAAUCCGGAACUUUUCGAUUUCGCAGAACAGAGUUGGCUGCUGCUGUUGCAACUCGGGAAGAGAAGUCUUAUGAACUGUGGCAUCAUAGGAUGGGACAUCCCUCUGCUAGAGUCGUUGGUUCAUUAAGCAUGUUUCCCUUCCUGUUUUUUCUGAAAAUUUCAAUAAGGCGUGUGACGUAUGUAUCCGCGCUAAGCAAACACGAUGUUCCUUUCCAUCAAGCAUUAAUAAAACUACGAAAGCUUUUGAGUUGA